CAUUCUGCCCAGUUCGAUCGGCAACGGGAGCGGAGAGAGGAAAGCAGAGAGCCCGAAGGCAGUAGCCCCCACCACCGCCGGCCCAGGUUACCAUCUAGCACCGGGAAACACACUAGAGAGUCACCGCCGGCACAAGCCAUUACCAACCAGUAACCAUGAGCAGCGAGGCCGAAACACAACAGCAACCACCGCAGCCCGCUGCCGAGGAGGAGAGACCCUCCAGCCCGGCGGCCGAGGCGUCCGCGGUGGACAAGAAGGUCAUCGCAACAAAAGUCUUGGGCACAGUCAAAUGGUUCAACGUCAGGAAUGGAUACGGUUUUAUCAACAGGGAUGAUACGAAGGAGGACGUUUUUGUACACCAGACGGCCAUAAAAAAGAACAACCCAAGGAAAUACCUACGCAGUGUUGGAGAUGGAGAAACUGUAGAGUUUGAUGUGGUUGAAGGGGAGAAGGGAGCAGAGGCGUCCAACGUCACCGGGCCCGGAGGCGUCCCCGUCCAGGGCAGCAAGUACGCCGCCGACCGCAACCGGUACAGGCGCUACCCCCGCAGGAGGGGCCCGCCACGCGACGGCGAGUACCCAGACAACUACCAGAGCGACGGCGAGGGGGAGCCUGGCAGCGGUAGCGGCGGCGGCGGCGAAGGAGGAGGAAGGGGAGGCGAAGGAGGAGGAAGGGGAGGCGGCGGCAGCCGGAACAAGGGCAACCGGGACGGUGCGGACAGCGCCCCCGAGGGAGAGGUGCAGCCCCAGCAGCAGCAGCGCCGGCCCACGUACCCCGGCAGACGGCGCUACCCGCCAUACUUUGGAGGAGAAGGUGACGAGAACCAGGGAGGACCAGACCAGGGCAACAAACCAAUGAGGCAGAACUACUACAGAGGCUUCCGACCAAGUCAUCCCUCCCCCAGAGGUCCACCACGUCCCAGACCGGUGCGGGACGGCGAGGAGGACAAGGAGAACCAGGGAGGUGAGGGCGGCCAGGGCGGGGAGCCGCGCCAGCGACGCUACCGCCGCAACUUCAACUACCGCCGCAGACGCCCCCAGGCCGGAGGCAAGCCAGGAGAGGGCGAGGGCGAAGGCAAAGAGGCCAAGGCCGCGGGAGAGCCAGCCCCCGAGAAGACGUCCGCUCCCGAGCCCCAGCAGGGCGGGGCUGAGUAGGAACACCCGCCCACCGGCACCCUCCAUCUUUUUACCAUCGUCCGGUUUUUUUGUCAGCAAGAAAAGAAACAUCAAAGAUCUGAGCAAUAAGAAACAGAUUUGACUUGACUACCGUCACAAGCUUGCACCAUGCAUUCGACCAGAUUUACCACCGAUUUGC